GUUUGAAGGGAGGGAGGAGAGAUAAUGUGAGCAGUUGUUCCACGACAGUGGUCCAAGCUCCAAAAGUAGCCUAAAGAAUGUACAUUAUAUGUAGCCAACUGUAAAGCGUUGUAAGUUAUAGCCUACACUAGCUACAAAAUUGUUGGUUUUUCUAUUGAUGCAAGUGCCUUGAGCAUUUUUCUAAAUAACGAGGAAAUAGCUGAGCAAGGACUGGUCUGUCAAAAUUAAAGUGUGAUAUAUUAACCUAAGCUGUCAUUUUCGUAGAGUAGCCUAGGGAAAGUCCUAUGAGGAAAGGGGAGUAAGAGAAGGACGCAGAGUGUUGGGACUAUCCACAAGUCUCUGAGGACCGUCUGAAGGACAGGACGACGGGAUUAAUAUUAUAGUUCCACGUACUUAAGGAAAUUCACAUGAAUGUUGCCAUCAACCAUCUACCGGUGAAGAACAUUUUUCAUUUAGGAGAAGCACAUUUGUCGUGCUUGAAACAGAACUUCAUAAGGCGGUUGGCGUAGACGGGGUGCGGGCAAUGAUGGAGAGCGCCCUAACAGCCAGAGAUCGGGUGGGCGUGCAGGACUUUGUCCUGCUGGAGAACCACACCAGCGAGGUGGCCUUCAUAGAGAACCUGCGAAAGAGGUUCAAGGAGAACCUCAUCUACACAUACAUUAGCUCAGUGUUGGUGUCGGUGAACCCGUACAAGGAGCUGGAAAUCUACACCAAGCAGCACAUGGAGCGAUACCGGGGAGUCAACUUCUACGAGGUCUCCCCCCACAUUUAUGCUGUGUCGGAUAACGCGUACCGCUCCAUGCGGACUGAGCGGCGGGACCAGUGCAUCCUCAUCUCCGGCGAGAGUGGCGCCGGUAAGACGGAGGCCUCCAAGAAGGUGCUGCAGUACUACGCCGUCACCUGCCCCGCGAGUGACCAUGUGCAGACGGUCAAGGACCGCCUCCUGCAGUCCAACCCCGUCCUGGAGGCUUUCGGGAAUGCCAAAACUCUGCGCAACGACAACUCCAGUCGCUUCGGAAAGUACAUGGACAUCCAGUUCGAUUUCAAGGGCGCUCCGGUGGGCGGCCACAUCCUGAACUACCUGCUGGAGAAGUCGCGCGUGGUGCACCAGAGCCACGGCGAGCGCAACUUCCACAUCUUCUACCAGCUCAUCGAGGGCGGCGAGGAGGACCUGCUGCGCAGGCUGGGCCUGGAGCGCAACACCUCACAGUACCAGUACCUGGUCAAGGGAAACUGCCCCAAAGUGAGCUCCAUCAACGACCGCAGUGACUGGAAGGUGGUACUGAAGGCCCUGACUGUCAUAGGCUUCAGCGACGAUGAGGUGGAGGAGCUGCUCAACAUUAUUGCCAGCGUGCUUCACUUGGGGAAUGUCCAGUUCGGAUCAGAGGACAGUGGGAGUGCGUGGAUCACGUCUGAGACGCAGAUCAGAUACAUGUCCAGGUUGAUAGGAGUGGAUGUUGCUGUUCUGAAGGAGGCUCUCACACAUAAGAAGAUCAUUGCCAAAGGCGAGGAGCUGAUGAGCCCUCUAAACCAGGAGCAGGCUGCAGCAGCUCGGGACGCCCUCUCCAAGGCCGUGUAUGGCCGCACCUUCUCCUGGCUGGUCAACAAGAUCAACGACUCUCUGGCAUUCAAGGAUGACUCACGGCUCUCAAGCAAGAAUGCCUCUGUGAUUGGUCUUCUGGACAUCUAUGGUUUCGAAGUCUUCCAAAACAACAGUUUUGAGCAGUUCUGCAUCAACUACUGCAAUGAGAAGCUCCAGCAGCUCUUCAUCGAACUCACCCUGAAGUCUGAGCAGGAUGAGUAUGAGGCUGAGGGAAUCACGUGGGAGCCUGUGCAAUAUUUCAACAACAAGAUCAUCUGCGAUCUCGUGGAGGAGAAAUUCAAAGGCAUCAUUUCCAUCUUGGAUGAGGAGUGCCUCAGGCCUGGAGAUGCCACUGAUAUCACCUUCCUGGAGAAGUUGGAGGAAACUGUAGGGGGACAUGCUCAUUUCGUAACUCAUAAGCUGGCCGAUGGAAAGACCCGGAAGGUCAUGGGCCGGGAAGACUUCAGGCUGCUGCACUACGCUGGAGAGGUCAACUACAAUGUGAAUGGUUUUCUUGACAAGAACAACGACCUCUUGUUCAGGAACCUAAAGGAGGUUAUGUGCCGGUCAGAAAACAAGAUCCUCACCCAGUGCUUCGACAGGGAGGAGCUAACCGACAAAAAGCGUCCAGAAACGACGGCCACCCAGUUCAAGACCAGUCUGGCGAAGUUGAUGGAAAUUCUGAUGUCGAAGGAGCCGUCGUACGUCCGCUGCAUCAAGCCCAACGAUGCCAAACAAGCAGGUCGUUUUGAUGAGGUUCUGAUCAGGCACCAGGUGAAAUACCUGGGGCUGAUGGAGAACCUGAGGGUGAGAAGAGCUGGAUUUGCAUACCGUCGACGCUAUGAGAUCUUCCUGCAGAGAUAUAAGUCCCUGUGUCCAGAGACCUGGCCCAGCUGGAAUGGCCGUCUGGUAGAUGGAGUGUCUACACUGGUCAAACACCUCGGCUACAAGCCGGAAGAGUACAAAUUGGGCAGGUCUAAGAUCUUCAUCCGAUUCCCAAAGACUCUGUUUGCCACUGAAGAUGCGUUGGAAACAAGGAAACACAGUAUAGCUACCAAACUGCAGUCAGCCUGGAAAGGCUACAGCCAAAAGACCAAGUACCGCAAACUAAGGAGCAAUGCCAUUGUGAUCCAGGCGUGGUGGAGAGGAAUCCUGGCCUGCAAGAAAGCCCAGCGCAGGAGGCAGGCGGCCGACACUAUCCGCAAGUUCAUCAAGGGCUUCAUCUACAGACACCAGCCUAGAUGCCCAGAGAAUGAGUACUUCCUGGAUUAUGUGCGCUACUCUUUCCUAAUGAAACUCCACAGGAGCCUGCCCAAGACCGUGCUGGACAAAAGCUGGCCCACUCCCCCACCUGCCCUGGCUGAGGCAUCAGAGCAUCUGCGCAAAAUGUGCAUGCAGAACAUGGUGUGGAAGUACUGCAAGAGCAUCAGCCCAGAAUGGAAACACCAAAUGGAGCAGAAAAUGGUAGCAAGCGAAAUCUUCAAGGACAAGAAAGACAACUACCCUCAGAGUGUCCCCAAACUCUUUGUGGGCACCAGGCUCAAUGGAGAGGACAUCAACCCCAAGGUGCUCCAGGCUCUUGGAAGUGAGAAGAUGAAGUAUGCAAUUCCAGUGACCAAGUAUGACAGGAAAGGAUACAAAGCGCGCUCCCGGCAGCUGCUCCUCACAGCAAACUGUGUCGUCAUUGUGGAGGAAGCCAAACUGAAGCAACGCGUCGACUACAACUCUCUGAAAGGAAUCUCAGUGAGUUCCCUCAGCGAUGGCGUCUUUGUUCUGCAUGUGCCAUGUGAGGAUAACAAGCAGAAGGGGGAUGUGGUUCUCCAGAGUGAACACGUCAUUGAGACUCUGACAAAACUGGCAAUCUGUGCCGACAAAAUCAACAGCAUCAACAUCAACCCGGGGAGUAUAACAUUCACAGGGGGUCCAGGAAAAGAAGGGAUCAUAGACUUCACUGCUGGCUCAGACCUGCUCAUUGCCAAGGCCAAGAAUGGACACUUAUCUGUGACUGCUCCUCGCCUGAACUCAAGAUGAUGACAGUUACUAAGCACUUCCUGAUUCCGCACUGGACUGCCUGUCCAGAUCCACUCUUCUGUCUGCCAAUCAUGACUGCGGACUGCCUCGUCUGCCACAUCAAUCACACACCGGCUCCAAUGACGGCAAACGAUUCUGCUUCCAAUUGUGAAUCUUCAAGCGAACUAAUCGAUAUUUAUGUUUAUAUAUAUAUAUAUAUAUAUAUAUUUGGGGGAUUAAUACUGUUGUUUUGAAUAUUAUAAUUGUACAUUUGAAGCCAAGGAAUAACAAUAUUUACUGCAUUUUCCCCGGUCCUCUCUUUAUCUGUUGCUUUUUCGUUGGGGAGUGGAAUCCAUUGAAAAAGUGCUAGAGAUAACCUCAGCUAUAAGUCAUUGAGAUAAUCAGGGUUAACUGUUAGUUUGUAUCACUGCUCUCUGUUCAGGUUCAUCCAUUAUUAUCUGUCAUAUACUCAGCUUCUGACCCUGUAUGCGACUGCUCUCAGUGCCACUCAAAGCAGUAUGCAUUACAAAGCCAUGUCCGUCAUAAUGGGCCUUGUCGUUAGUUUGGAUGUUGAAAUGAUCUCUCGUUAUGUUUGGGUAGAGAUGGGAGGAUAAGUCUGAGGUACACAUGCCGUUUUGUCUUUCUUUUACAUUGCCAAAUAAGUACAAAGUAAGUGAAGGGAAAUUGCUCAAAUUUUGUGAGUUGUGAGAGUGUGCAGGGCACAAAAUGGAGAAGUAUCAGGAACUGUAGGGAAGCCCACUCCAUUUCAGCUCUCUGGUUGGUCACUUUUGGAUUCACUCUAGGCCUACAAAGGUCUUAGACACAUACAUUGAGUGGUAACGCCCAGGCAAAAGAGACUUACAGAGAGGGGGAGAUGGGUAGGAAAUGGGGUAACUGUUGUUUUGCUUCUGUCUAAUUUGUCAUCCUAAACCAGUGCCUUUAUCUAAUGCAGACACUACCUUACUUAUAUUCCAUGUAUGACAAUGUUGAGUCUGAAAUGUAACAUGAGUAGCAUUGUUCUAUAUUUCAUACUGUAAAAACACAGCCAGACUCAAACAUGCAACUACACUUAAGGAUAGAUAGUCCCUCCAAUACACUGGAUAAAUAUAACUUCAAGUGUUCCAGUUGCAGGCAUCUUGGUAGUAUCUGUUAUUUCUGUAAGAGGCAGCAUCUGAGUCUUUGUCUCAACACUAUAGUCCAAAUGUUUUACACAAGAAAGACAGAAAGGUAUUCACAAAAAAUAUAUUGUUCAGAUUGUGUAUUCCUGUAAGAUUGAUUUUGUAUAUGUAGAUAUGAAAUGCUACUAAACAAAUCUUCCCACAUUAGACAAAACACAGCGUUAUGGUCUUGACUGUUUUGAUUGAUACCCGUUUUGUUCAGGCCAAGCACUUGAAAGACAUGAGUGACCUAAUAGUUUCUUUGUGUUGUUUUGUUUUGCCUUGCUUUGUACUGCAUAAUUCAUAACUAUUUAGAUUUUUAUUAAGCUUCUUUGAACCAAUUAUUCUCCAGUGAGGAGAAAUGUGAAGGAUGACUGUAAUGUGGUGGCAUGCUUUGGAUCAAAUGUAAAGUUAAUUGUAGAGUAAAACAACAAGACCAAAAACACUAUAUAUUUUUUUGUCAUUUGAAUACUUUGUAUAAAAAAAAAGACGCAACUGAUUUCUUAAAGCAUAAAAAAAUCAUUAUAAUUCACA